UCAUUCCUUUAUAAUCAAUUAUACACGUUAAAAUUUGAGGAUGUUGUUGCUCAUGCGUCAUUGCCCGCGUAAGCUUCUUCAUUUCACGUCUCUUCUUUACUUCUUCCGUAGUAACAGUCAAAACUCAAUUUCACUGCUCCUUCUUCUUCAUUCAUUCAUUCUUCCAAGUUGUAAUAAUCAUUUCCAAUUUCCAAUCACAGAAACAAGUUCGUUUCUUAGUUAGUUAAUUUGUUACUAGUUUGUUAUUCUAUGAACCCAGUUCGAUCCCGUUUCUUAGCAAAAAUGGCGGCAGAAAACACCGGAAAAAACAACCUCGAAUCAGGCGGUUUCUGGCCAUUUCUCCGCCGUUGGAUCCCCACUUCUACCGACCACAUCAUCAAUGCCGAGAAGCGCCUUCUUUCUCUUGUCAAGACUCCUUAUGUCCAAGAACAGGUUAAUAUUGGUUCUGGUCCACCUGAUUCCAGAGUGAGCUGGUUUCGUUCAUCUAGCAAUGAGCCACGGUUUAUCAACACUGUUACCUUUGAUAGUAAAGAGGAUUCUCCUACACUAGUAAUGGUUCAUGGAUAUGCUGCAUCACAGGGUUUCUUCUUUCGCAAUUUUGAUGCACUUGCUUCGCGAUUUAGGGUUGUUGCUAUUGAUCAACUUGGUUGGGGUGGAUCUAGCAGGCCAGACUUUACAUGCAAAAGCACUGAAGAAACUGAGGCCUGGUUCGUUGAUUCUUUUGAGGAAUGGAGGAAAGCCAAAAACCUAAGCAAUUUUAUACUUCUUGGGCAUUCUUUUGGCGGUUAUAUAGCUUCCAAAUAUGCACUUAAGCACCCAGAGCACGUACAGCACUUGGUUUUGGUGGGAUCUGCUGGAUUUUCAUCAGAAACAGAGAGGAUUACAAAGUUUUUAUCAACAUGGAAAGGAUCAAUCCUGAACCAAAUAUGGGAAUCCAAUUUAACACCUCAAACAAUUAUCAGAGGAUUAGGACCUUGGGGUCCUGAUUUAGUACACAGGUAUACAAGUGCUAGGUUUGUCAAAUACUCAACUGGCGAACUGUUGACAGAAUCUGAAUCGAGAUUACUAACAGACUAUGUUUAUCAUACCUUAGCAGCCAAAGCUAGUGGUGAGUUGUGCUUAAAAUAUAUCUUUUCAUUUGGAGCAUUUGCCAAGUCGCCUCUUCAACACAGUGCCUCAGAGUGGAAAGUGCCUACCACUUUCAUCUAUGGUUUUAACGACUGGAUGAAUUACGAAGGGGCCCAAGAAGCUCGCAAACAUAUGAAGGUUCCAUGUGAAAUCAUCCGGGUUCCACAGGCCGGACAUUUUGUGUUCAUUGAAAACCCAUCCGCCUUCCAUUCGGCUGUGUUUUAUGCUUGUAGAAGGUUUCUCAGUCCUGAUCCCAACAAUGAAUCCCUUCCUGAAGGGCUAACAUCUGCCUAGAGUAUAAAUUUCUGUACUGCUGUCUGUAAAUCCUUUUUAUCUCAUUUUUUAUAAAUAAAUUCCAUAAUUUAAUCAAGCCUUGUCCUAGUCUUGCUUAAUGAAAUUACAGUUGUAAGAGCAAUUCAGAGAAAAGAAACCUGUAAUAUAAAUUUGAUUAAUGAUACACCUCUUAAUUAAAAGUUGUUACCACUUACCAGUUA